AUGCAGGAGAAGUUCCUGGAAAUGUUGUGGCCUUUCAGGCAUGGAAUUUCUGGAGGGAUUUUCCAGCAAAGAGCCUUGGCAAAGCCAAUGUUUAUCAACUCACUGCUUGGACAUCCUGCGUUUCAGAACUUACACAUAAAAGUUGGAGACAAAGCUGAACUUAGCAAGGCUUUUACACAGAAUGAUGUCAUUACUUUUUCUUCUUUAACAGGUGACACAAAUCCUUUGCAUUUAAAUGAAGAGUUUGCAAAGAAGUCUAGGUUUGGGAGAACCAUUGUCCAUGGAGUUCUGAUCAAUGGACUUAUUUCUGCAGUUCUGGGCACCAAAAUGCCUGGUCAAGGAUGUAUAUUUCUCUCCCAGGAGAUUCGUUUUCCAGCUCCUUUGUAUGUUGGUGAAGAAGUCACAGCUGCAGCAGAAGUGAAACGACUGAAGGGUUCUGUUGCACACAUUUCUGUAUCAUGUCAGGUCAGAGAAAGUGGGAAAACUGUUAUGGAAGGGAUGGUGAAAGUCAUGGUACCAGAGGGUUAGAGCUGUUUGUCAUGUGCAACCUCAGCAUAAAGGCCAGAACCAAUGUACACUUAGUUUUGAGUCCCUUUUUAUGUGAAAUCACAAAACCAGUAAAUUUGCAACAAAAGCCUUUCAAAAUGUCUGAAAGUGCACAAACUUAACUACAACUGCAUUGAAAUUAGAGCUUUUCCUUUUUUCACCAUGAUGGGUUUCUCUGCCAAGGUGAACCAGGCACUUGCUGUGACAAAGUGGCACAUUCAGAGAGGCCUUUGUGCUGCCACAGUGGGAAGUUUGGACUGGUGGGGCUCACACUGAGGCUGUUCUUUCUGGUAAUAUUGCAGUCCACACCAGCAAAGUUUAGUUAAAACUUGUUCCUUCUGUACAAAGCAGCUGUACUGCCAACAAGCACCGGGGAGGGGACAGUGCUGUGUUCAAAAGAAACAGAAGUGGAGGUGCUGACACUCAUGUACUGCAAGAUGUGUUGUCAUCUGCAUGGCAGCUCCAGCUGGUGCUGCUUCUGAAACUUGCCUCCCAGAAAGAGAGUGAAGAAGGCUUUAAAAAAAUAUAUUGUCACAACUUG